UGAAAAUCUAUAAAAGCAUACGAUGAUUUUUUCUGCCAAGAAUUCCUUGUUCUGCAAAAGGAUUCUACUUUCAACAUGGUCAUUCUUCGAGCUUGUUUGUUGGCACUUUUUGCCUUAGUAUUAGCAGAAGCAAAAAAUGUUGACUAUACUGGGCAUAAAGUGCUCACUAUCACCCCAAAAUCAAAAGCAGACUUGGAAUUUCUGCAUAAGCUUCGAAACGAUUAUUCUGUUGACCUAUGGAACGAGCCCAGGUACAGUGGUGUCCCGGUCAUGACACACUUGAAACCAGAGCUGGUUGAUGCAGUAGAAGAAGCUUUGACUGCACACAAAAUUGAUUUCGAUGUUGCAUUCCACGACUUGCAGACCGUGAUUGAUACUGAAAAAGUGAUGAAUGCUCCUAGCGAUCCUAGUCACGCUGCCGCAUUUGAUUUCGGAAAGUACAACGAAUACGAGAAAGUUAUAGCCUUGAUACAAUCCUUGGCUGCCGAUCAUCCAGAUGUCGCCAAGUUGGAAGUUGUUGGAAAGUCUUAUGAAAACAGGCCCAUCUACUCCUUAAAAAUUAGCAGCGGUAAGUCUGACACCAAACCAGCCAUCAUGAUGGAAUGCGGCAUCCAUGCAAGAGAAUGGUCCUCUGUUGCAGCUGGAGCAUAUCUUGUAAACAAGUUAAUCACUGAAUAUGGCAAAGACCCACAAGUUACAAAGCUGGUUGACAAAUAUGAGUUCAAUGUCAUUGUGGAAUCUAACCCUGAUGGUUACGUCUACACCUGGACAACUGACCGAUUAUGGAGAAAGACCAGAUCUCGCAGCAGUAUUGACUGGUUGGGUGUUUGCCGAGGAGCUGAUGCCAACAGGAAUUUCGACAUCGAACACUGCGGAGUGGGCACCAGUAGGAAACCUUGCGAAGAAAUCUAUUGUGGCGACCGACCCUUCUCAGAGAACGAAUCUCGUGCCAUCAGAGAUCUCAUGAUUGCCCUCGGAAGCCGUCUAAAAGCAUACUUCUCCAUCCAUGCUUUCUCCCAACUGUGGAUGACCCCCUAUGGUACUACCAAACAAUAUCCACCCAAUUACCUUGAAUUGACUCGAAUUGGUACGGCAGGUGUAGAUGCAUUGGCUAAAAAGUAUGGCACUAAAUAUGAUCUGGGAUCCAUCGCUAAUAUCAUUUAUGAAGCAGCUGGAUCGUCUGUUGACUAUGCCUACGUGAAACAGAAUGUCCAAAUAGCUUACGCUUUGGAAUUGAGAGACACUGGAAGGUACGGAUUUUUCUUGCCACAGAACCAGAUUCUGCCAACCUGUGAAGAAACAUACGAUGGUUUAAUAGCCGCCAUUGAAGCUUUGAAAUAACUAAACAAUCAGACGAUUUCAUAGAGCAGCUAAAAAAUAAAACAUUAUUGCUUAA